AUGACAGACCUCGCAGCGCCGCCCGUUCUUUCGACGCCUGCCGAGCACAUCUUCGAAGACCCGACCCCCGCGGCGCCUCCCCCCUCGACGUCCCAGUCCCGAAGCGAAGAUGACCUCUUCUCAAUCUACGAGAUCGAGCGCACGGCGCGCGAGGUCAAGGAGGCAGGCUGGACGCGAGUAGCCCUUCAGUUUCCAGACGCCAUGCUGCGCGACGCACCAUGGGUGGCUGAGGCCCUGGCAAAGGCCUUGGGGACCCCGGAGUCUCACAAGGUCUACAUCCUCGCCGACACCUCAUACAGCGCCUGCUGCGUCGACGAGAUCGCGGCAGAGCACGUCGACGCCCAGGUCGUGGUGCACUACGGCCGCUCGUGCCUGUCUCCGACCUCGAGGACACCCGUCAUCUACGUCUUUACGCGACACACUCUCGACAUCGAGCAAGCGGUCGUGGCGUUCCAGAAGGAGUUCCCCGACAAGGACACGAAGGUCGUGGUGGUAGCAGACGUGACCUACCAAGACCACGUCCCGCCUCUCUUCACAAAUCUCCAGUCCGCAGGCUACACAAACCUCCUGAGGACCGAAGUCGUUCACAACCCCGCCGGCAUGAUCCCCAAUCGCAAGAUCGUCGGCGCCUCCGAAGACGAGACCCCCGAGGCCGACCUGGCCGAAUACUCCCUCUUCCACGUCGCGAACCCGCCCCCGGCCUUGCUUCUGGCUCUGCAGACGCGCAUGGCCUCCCUCCACGUCCUCUCCACCGAAAACCUCUCCACAGACGAUCCGACAAGGAUAACAAACGCGCUGCUCCGCCGCCGUUUCGCGCGCGUGCUGACGCUGGCGACGGCCGGCGUGGUCGGGAUCUUGGUGAACACGCUCUCCGUGUCCAACUACCUGCCUAGCAUCGAUCUCCUGCGCCGGCGCAUCUCCGAGGCUGGCAAGAAGAGCUACACGAUUGUCGUGGGCAAGUUGAACGCCGCGAAGCUGGCCAACUUCGCCGAGGUGGACGGCUGGGUCGUGGUCGGAUGCUGGGAGAGCGGGUUGGUCGAGGAGGACGCGGGAUUCUUCAAGCCCGUCAUCACGCCCUUCGAGCUCGAGGUCGCUCUGAAGCCCGAGAGCGAGAGGGUCUGGGGCAUCGAGUGGUGGGGGGGCAUCGAGAAACUGGACCACAACGCCGUCAAGCGGGAAGAGGAGGAGCUGUCCGAGGACGAGUCGGCGCCGCCAGAGUACGAUCUGCGCACGGGCAAGCUUGUGAGCAGCCGGCCGAUGCGGAUGCCGGUGCGGUCGGCGAACGAGGCCAAGGCCAACGGGGAGAGCUUGGCGAAGCCAGGGCAGUCGGCGUUGGUGAGGCGGGAAGUGGGCGAGGUGGCCACGAUCAACGGCGUACUAAGUCCCGGCGCCGAGUAUCUACGGUCGCAGAGGACGUGGCAGGGUCUCGGAACCGACUACGACGAAGAGGCCAGUACCCUCGUCGAGGAGGGCCGGAGUGGUGUUGCGCGUGGGUACACGGUCGGUGAGGAUGCCGCCAAGUCGUAG